AUGGUUCCUAUAUUCUUUCUCGCUCGCUCGCUUUCUCUCUCUCUCUCUCUCUUUCUCCCCCUCCCUCUCUCUUUCUCUCUCUGCCUCUCUUGCUCGCUUUCUCUCUCUUUCUCUCCCUCUCUUUCUUUCUCUGCCUCUUUUGCUUGCUUUCUCUCUCUCUUGCUACCCCUCCCUCUCCCCCUCUCUCUGCCUCACUUGAUCACUUUCUCUCUCUCUCUCUGCCUCUCUUACUCGCUUUCUCUCUCUUUCUCCCCUCUCUUUCACUCCCUCUCUCUCUAUCUCUCUUGCUCACUAUCUCUCUCUCCCUCUCUUUCUUUCUCUGCCUCUUUUGCUUGCUUUCUCUCUCUCUUUCUUUCCCUCCCUCUCUCUCUCUGCCUCUCUUCCUCGAUUUCUCUCUCUUUCUCUCCGUCUCUCUCUCUCUCUGCCUCUCUUGCUCGCUUUCUCUCUCUUUCUCUGCCUCUCUUGCUCGCUUUCUCUCUCUCUCCCUCUCUUUCUUUCUCUGCCUCUUUUGCUUGCUUUCUCUCUCUUUUGCGCACCCUCCCUCUCUCUGCCUCACUUAAUCGCUUUCUCUCUCUUUCCUCCUUCUCUCUCUCUCUGUGCCCCUCUUGCUCGCUUUCUCUCUCUUUCUCUCCAUCUCUCUCUCUGUGCCUCUCUUGCUUUCUCUUUCUCUUUCUCUCUCUGCCUCUUUUGCUUGCUUUCUCUCUCUCUCUUGCUCACUCUCCCUCUCCCCCUCUCUCUCUUGUUCGCUUUUUCUUUCCUUCUCGUUCGCUUCAAUAG